CUGCUCUGACACAACAUAAGCUCAGGCAACUAGCUGAAGAUUUGUUAAAGUGUGAAAUUAGCAACGGAAAUCUUGUUCCUCAACAAGCAGGAAAAUGUUGUAAUGAUCAAGAUUUGCUGUUCAUUUGCGACAAUCUGGAUCCCGAAUCAUGGAGGAGACUGGGAGUACGUCUUGGACUCAAGUGGACCGAUAUAAAAAAGAUAGCAAAAAACAACAGACUGGUUGAAGACUGCAUCAUGGAAUUGCUGGUUACUUGGAGGAAUAACCAAUCAAAGAGCCAACAAGUAUUAACCAUGGUGAACGCUUUGAGACAACAGAGUUUUGUUGGACUUGCACAACGUGUAUGUGAAAGGCAUGGUUACAGUGACGAGUCAGAAUUUGCAGCAACUCAAAUAAAUCAGCCUCAAAUUCCAACACCAGUUCAAAAAAAAUAUUUUGAUGAUCAAGAUUUGCUGUUCAUCUGCGACAAUCUGGAUUCCAAAUUUUGGAGGAGACUAGGAGUGCGUCUUGGACUCAAGCUGACCGAUAUUGAUAAGAUAGAAAACAACAACAUACAGGUGGAAGACUGCAUCAUGGAAUUUCUGGUUACUUGGAGAGAUAGCCAAUCAACAAACCAAGUACCAAUCAUGAUGAAUGCUUUGAGGCAAGAGAAGCUUUUUGGACUUGCAAAAAGUGUGUGUGAAAGGCAAGGCUACAGCGAUGAUUCAGAAGUUGCGCCAAUUGAGAUAAAUCUGAAUCAAAAAACAAAACCAAUGCAAGGAUCACCUCAUUCGUCCUCGACUGUGGAUGCAGCUUAUCCAUCCUCGACUAAGGAUACGCUUCAACCAUCAUCGUCCACGCAUGAGCAGUCCUGUAUGCAAGGCAUCCCCCCAGAGGAUUUUGUCCGUUUGCAGAAAGUUGUGUCAGAUUGGUGGAAGAAAUAUGCUAGUAUCGAUAUGCUGAAAGUUUUAAUUAGACAGUUUAAGGAACAGGUGGGUCUUGUUAACAUUGAAAACACAAAUAGUGUGAUGGCUUUAUUUAGUUUACUGAAAGCAAAUGGUUUAAUCAGCAUUUCAGAACAUGCCCUUAUUUUUGAGGCUGUUAAGAUUUGUCGGCUUGAUGGUGUUCAGUCAGAUAUUAACAAAAUAAAGCCAAAGUUUGAAAGUUUUAAAUUAGAAGAUGUGGAAAUCAGGAUAUUUUCCCCAUAUAGACAAAAUCUGAUCAGAUUUGGCAAAAUUUUGGACAGGUCGUCUAUUACUGAAAUUGGUUACUUUUAUGAAAUAAAUGAGAAAGUACACAAUGGGGAUCCAUGGCUUCUAAUAUGUGCACUGGAAGACAACAAAGUUAUCAAAGAAAAUUCAGCAGAGGAUUUGAUCAAAACAUUGAGAUCAAACAGAAUGGGCGAUUAUGCGGAUAUAUUAGAAGGUAACCAAUAACAAAUAUGGUUACGUCCUUUUGAGCCGAUCAUACUCAUUCAUGGUAGAGUGUAUUUGAUACUAGAAGUGAAUCAUAGAUACUAUUCGUAAAUUUUAUUUUAAGUGGAUAUCAAUUUAAUAAACGUAUUGACCAACCUAAAAUCUGGACCGAGUAUUUAUA